CAAUUUUACUUACUGUAUAUUUUAUCCUCUUCUUUUCUCUCUCUCUUUUCUUUUUUUCUACUCUUUUUAUUUUAUUUUUUAUUUUCUACAGUAUUGAAUGCCACAAACAUAUCAUUUAGAUAUAGCAGAAUAUCCAGUAUCUUCACUUGUAAAAAUUGUAUCCGACUUGAUUAUUUCCAUUAUCGAGACCAACGACAAAUUGAUCAUCACCAAUGACCCAUCAGCAGUAACGCAUUUUCAUUCCCGUGCAGUACCUAACAUUGGCAUCUAUCCCUACCUCACGCGUAUUUUGAAAUUUGCCUCCUUUUCAAACGAGGUCUUAUUAUCGUUGUUGAUGUAUUUUGAUCGUAUUGCCAAAUUAAAAAAGACGAGAUAUGCCGUAAAUUCCUUGACGGUACAUAGAUUAUUAAUUACCAGUAUUGUAGUAGCAUCUAAAUUUACUUCAGAUGUGUUCUAUCCAAAUACAAGAUAUGCCAAGGUGGGAGGGUUACCCUUAUGCGAAUUAAAUCAGCUGGAGCUCGAGUUUCUUUUCUUAUGCAACUUUGAUUUGCACAUCAAGCUGGAAGAUAUGCAGGCCUAUGGAGAUCAGCUAUUGAUGCACGCUCACAAACAACAACGCACGUUGUUAGAAAAUAUCACAUCACCACCGCUAUCGCCUCAUUGCCGCUCCCUAACUAUAAAAAGAAAAAGGCAAGAUGAUGACCAUCAUACAACAAAGAUUCAAAAGUCAGAGGCCCGGCUAGAUAAAGCUUUAAUACCGCUAACAAAAUCAACUAUAUGUACCAAAAUUUAUUCUUCUCGUCAUCAUUUAGAUACAAUGCUAUCUUCUUAUACCCAUGAUUGCUAGAGUAUAUACCCACUUCUCCUUUUUAUUACUGCUUACAUUAGCGCAUCUCCCACACCCCCCUUUUUUUAAUCCGUCGUGCCAUAAAAAUAAAUAUGAUUGGAUAUAACCUUAUUGUUAUUGUGUGUCUUCUCAUCUUGAGGAUUAUCUUAUCGUACCUUAUCAUCGGUUUAAACUGAUUUGAGGAGACCACUCUUACUCGUCCCCGUUACACGAUAAAAGAUCCCUUUUUUUCUGACGAGUCAUCUUAAGGAGCAAUCUUUCCGUUCCGAAUAGAUGCUUUUAUUUGUUACUGUCCUUACAUUAUGACGAUUC